UUUAAUAACAAACAAAGAGAGAAGAAGAUGAGUAUCGUGGUGCAACUUUUCGAUAGACAGAGAAUUGCUGGAAGUAACUACCGGAAAAAUCAUCGUUUACUCAGGAAGUUGAUUCUUCGGGAAUCUUCUAAAUUUGAGAAAAUAUGGCAAAUUCAGUCAAAGUCUCCAAUAAUGUAUGAGGAAAAAAAAAUAUUUUUGGAUAAUUACAGAACAUGUUAUACUUGUUUUGGAUUAAAAGGUUUACCAAAACUGCUGUAUAAGAAGCCAGCCAGUCGUGGGAAGAAGACUCAAGAUGCAUUACUAUGCAGUGUAACCCUGGAUAAUCUUGAACCUAGUAUCAUUAAGUUCAGAGGACACCAGCCACAUCUUCUAACUCUGUCAUCAAACAAUUUACUACAAAGAGUUCAUUUAGAGACUGGUGAAAUUUUACAAUCAGUUUUCCUAUCUCAAAAGUAUAAAUUCAGAUAUUUGGCAUGGGCCGAGGUAAUGGAUACCGUGGUUGUCAAGUCAACACAAUUCCAAAGUGCUGUUCAUCCAUUAUUGCUGGCUUUAGCAGUUUUCCAGGUUUAUCCUCUUCAAAUACUUGGCAUGAUUGAAAUAAGGAAAGAGAUCUUUGGAAACGAUGUUCUAGAUGCCACUAUGACCAGUGGAAUGCUGAUCACUUUUCACCGUAGAGGGCGCAUACGACUUUAUAGUUUCCAAAGAAUAUUGGAAAGGUUUAUUACAAAAAAUAUGAAAUUGGGUGAGAAAUGUGAAGGAAAUGAGGAAGGUGUUGUUGGAGAGCAUCCACUUGGAAUCCCAUGCAAUAUUCAUCUGACAGAAUGUCCUGAUGUCCUUUUAGAAGUGGCCAACUGUGUCGAACACUCUAUUGUGAUUGGUGGAUUCCCGUGGCAUUAUUUGAUUAACUACGAGCCAUCUGGUGGCAACAUUUUUGCUUUUAGUCUUCAAAACAAAGAAAUGGCGAAAAAUGGAGAGUUGACAAUGGAGUGUAGCCCUUCGUAUGACGGAGAAAAGGUGUGGUUCCACUGCGAUGAAUCUGGACGAAUAGUACACACAGGACCACAGAUGAUGAGAAUGCUGAAACUGCACCAGUCUUCUAAUUAUACAGAAGUAGUAGAAGUAUUCAAAAUAAAAACAACUGAUAAAAAAGGAAGGUCUAAUAAACAGUUAAUGACAUCCUCUGGACGGGUUAUUAAGCACAGGGUCUUUGAUUCAUCAAUAGUUUCUCCUGUACAUGAGUCUUUGAAAAGCGUUGAAUACGAAAACGAGCUGGAUUUGUUAUUUGUGGUUAACACAGAUUUAGGUGACAGGGUGCGUUUAUGUUACCAUGACAACUACAAUGGUCAGCUCUAUAAAGUUGUUCUACUUGAUGAAAUAUGGGAAGAGCAUAUUGACUAUGACAUUACUGCUGACCUGGACACAAUUUGCUGCCUCAUGAAAGAUCAUGGGAAAUAUCACUGCCAUUUAUAUAAGUUAUCCAGAGAUGAGAAGAUCGAGUGAAAUCAAUGUAGAAGAAGACUUGAUAAAGCUUGUUUUUUAGUUCUCAGAGGAGUGCACAAAAUGACAUGUUCGCUAAAUACUGUGUGUGGAAAAAUCAGGGAAAUUUCUUUAAAAAAUUCAAUUAAAAAAUUGAAUUACUCUCUUCACACGUCUGGCUCGUGUGCUCUUUUGGAAGAUUAGAGAGUCACCCCAAUGCUUUAGAUCUUUUCUACCAUGUAGUAAAAUGAUGUGAACCUACUAAGUACCUCCUUGCGGCUGAUACAGAAGUAACGGACCGCGCCCAUAUACAGUUCACCACUGUGACGCUGCACAUUACGGGUUGUUACUGAGGGUCUAUACAAAGGCCUUUAACAGUACUGUAUUAUAAUCUUUUAUUUGUAUGGACCCACUACUGUAUUUUUAUUUAUUUAUUUACUUUUAGGACUACAUUUAUACUUCCAUAGUUGUUUAAAUUUUGUAGUUGGUGUUUUACACACUGUUUGGUUUUAAUCUAACAAAUACAUAUCAGCAUCUAUCUGGUAAUUUGAUGUAAAUGUUUUCUACUUCUAAUUUUUAAUUUAAAACUAAUAACUUUUAUAUGAAAAGUAAGCAAAAUUUUAUAAGUAUCAAAUAUUGACAAUCUGCCAAAUGAAACGAAGCAUUAUCAUUUUGCCUAACUUUAAAAAAUGUAUUGAAUAGUAUUAAAUGAACCUAUGCAGAGCAUUGACUUUUGUAAUUUGUUUGAAGUUAAAAAAAAGGCUAUUACAAAAAGUAAUAAUUUAAUUUUAAAUAUAGUUUCAAUCACACUGUGCAUUACCUCCAUCACACUCUGCAUUACGUCCGUAUAAAGGCUUCAAAACAUAAACAUUAUUAAAUAUCAAAUCGUUUAU